GGCAUAGGUUUUAGCGACCCAUAUUGCAUGCUGGGAAUCAUGAUUGUGCAAAGUGCGAAAGAAACCGAGGAAAAGAAAGAGAGGAAAUUUAGCUUCAGAAAGAAGAAAGACAAAAUGGAGAAACGUUCAAGUAUAAGGGAAGUGCUGCCAGCAAAGUACAUCCAGGUCACUGAGGUCAAGAGCAAUACCUUGAAUCCAAUUUGGAAUGAAAACUUCCUUUUUGAAAUAGAUGAUAUUUAUACUGACCAGCUUCACCUGGAUAUUUGGGAUCAUGACGAUGAUGUGUCCGUGGCAGAGGCCUGCAAAAAGCUCAAUGAAGUCAGUGGUUUUAAAGGUAUGGGCAGGUACUUCAAGCAGAUAGUGAAAUCGGCGAGAGCAAAUGGAACAGCUGGCUCUGCAGAGGACAAUGCGGAUGACUUUUUAGGAUGCCUUAACAUCGCCAUUAAUGAGAUUCCUGUUGGAGGACUGGACAAAUGGUUUAAACUGGAGCCACGGACAAGUUCUUCAAAGGUUCAAGGCGAUUGUCAUCUCGUCAUAAAACUUAUCACAAACCAGAGGGACAUGGUGCUAAGCAAGAAGGCAUCUGGCGCUGUGAUUCAUGAAAUGCUGCUCACCCAGCUGCUCCAGUAUGAACACAAGCAGGCAGAGGUUGACUUCUGGAACUGGAAAGGAGAAAUGAGCAAACAUGCAUUCACACUUACAUCCCACCACAGUAUGCAGACGGAUCUGUCCAGUUUACAGCAGGCUGUUAUAAAAUGGCAAGCUUUCAGCAAACACCACCAAGCGCACCCCAUGGACUACAGUUAUCUGCUAACACUGCUGAAGACUGUUGAAGAACAGUGGGAUCCUUCUAUGUGUCCAAAAGAGCUGGUGGAAAGCUUAGCUGAAAGUUUUGCACUCUUCACUGAAUAUUGCCUCUUACUGCUGAAGAAGCUGAGAGACAAUUUCCCUGUCCUCAACACAACGGUCAUUAAUCGCCUGGAAUUCAUGCUAAGGUGUCUCAGCCAAAUCCAAAAUAUGCACGCGUUUAAGACGGUCUGCCCCUUUCAUAAUGAACUUCAUCUGGAAAUAGCAACUGUCCUAAAGAAAGGCACACUAGAAUGGUAUGAAAAGACCUACAUGUCAUACAAACCUGUGGAAAAGAAUGAUGUGGAGCAGCUGAGGAGCCUGGUGAAGUUAGCAGACGCUGUCCAUGAAGAUGUGGAGAAAAGCCAGAAUGUGUACAACAAGCUGUUUGUCAACAUUGUCAAAGUAGAUUACUUUAGCAUCACUUACCGGCAACUAGAAAAACUGGUGGCUGAUGAAGUAAGCAUUAUAAUGGAAAACCUUAAGACAUCAGAACAAGAGGAGCCUCACAUCACUCAUGCUAUUGGGGAAACUCUGUUUGAACUUUAUAUCACCCUUAAUGAACUAAGGCGGUUUCGAGAUUAUCUACCUUUAAAAGACAACAAGUCAUUGGCCUUGACGGGGUUUCAUGAGCUCUUUAAAGUGUCCAUCCACACAUGGCUGCAAACUGUGCAUGAAAAGACCUGUGAGAGAAUACAUCGGGCUGUAGAGGUUGAUAAGCUAGAAUAUGUGGACUCUCUGUCCAAGCACAGCGGCUCUGCAGUUGAUGUCACAAUCUGCUUCUCACAAAUCAAAGAGUUCUGGGCACAGCUUGCUUGGCCAAACUCCUCUGAGGCAUUCGUAUUUUUAACACAGCUCUCUGAUGAUAUAUGCAAAGCAGCAAUCUAUUAUUCAGAAGCUAUUAAGCGGAAGGUCGACAGAAGUCACCAGUCAGCGGGACAGGCUGCUGUCACAGAGCAGCUCUGCAUUAUCCUGAACAACAUUGAGCAUGUACGCAAAUUCAUGAGCAAUGUCCUGAAAGACCUGGACUGGAAAUCUCUGGAGACGUCAGUGGAGCAGUCGUCUGGGUCGGAUGGGAAGCAGCAAGUGCAGAAAGCACUGAGCACACAGCUGCAGAACAUUGACAUAGAUAUGCAGAGAGAAGCCAAAAACAUGAUCGCACACCUAACAGAGAAGAUGAUCGGAGAUAUUAAGAAAUACAUACAACACAUCAGUCUGUCUCCUGACUCAAUUCAGAAUGAUGAGGCUGUGUCUCCUCUCAUGAAAUAUCUAGAUGACAAAUUAAUUAUUUUGAGUGAAACUUUGGUGAAAGAAAACCUGUACAGGGUUCUUGAAUCUCUCUGGUGGCUCCUGCUGAAAUUUAUAAUUGAUGCUGUGGAUUCAAACAGAGGAGUUUCAGUGGAGUUCUAUGGAAGAUUUUAUUACACACUGGAGGCUCUUGUAGACUUUUUCCACGCAGAAGGACAAGGGUUACCACUGGACACCUUGCGGAACGGAGAUUACCGGUUUUUGGAAGAAGAAUUGCGUUUAAAUAAAUGUUCAACAAGUGAAUUAAUUGAAAAAUAUUACAUGGACAAUAUCAAGGAGCAGAGGUCAGCUGAGCACAGUAAAUAUGGAAGGAUUAGUGUGAAGUGUUAUUACGAGACCUCGGAGCAGAAACUAUAUGUGGAAGUGCUUCACGCUGCAGAUCUUAUCGCUCUUGAUGCAAACGGUCUCAGUGACCCAUUUGUCAUCAUUGAGCUCUGUCCCCAUCACAUCUUCCCUCUGGUGAAAGGUCAGCGCACUCAAGUUAAAGCCAAGACUUUACAUCCAGUCUACGAUGAGUUGUUUUACUUCUCAGUGUCAUCGGAGCAGUGCCGGAGAAAAGCUGCCUGCAUCGUCUUUACAGUAAUGGAUCACGACUGGCUGUCCACAAAUGACUUUGCAGGCGAGGCUGUCCUUCCUAUGAAUGUCAUCUAUGGACUGAAUCGACCACACAUCACUGGUGGUGUGAAGAAUGUCCAACCAACUGUAUUGAAGUUAACAAGACCUAAAGCCAAUGUGAGGUCAAUAUUGAAGAUGCUGGAUGGAAGGAUGGACAAAGAAGCACAAGAUUUUGUGAAGAAACUUAGAGAACUGGAGAAGUUUAUGGAAGAUGACUGA